CUCAAAACUUUGGCUUGCAUGAGAUCAUUGAGAGAAGGGGGAGCUUUAGGUAGCGAGUGAUUCUUAGACACAGAAAGCAAGGGAUCCUUAAUUUGCCUGAGGCCCUCUGCUUCUUCUGUUUCUUAGUUUCCACAUAUAGAGAGGUUCUAGUUUGGUGUUAAUUUAUUGAGGAGGAAUUAGUUCAGAUGGCAGUGAUGAACAUGCAGCAUCCUUUGGCAUUUACAUUCGGCAUCCUCGGUAACAUUAUCUCAUUCAUGGUAUACCUGGCUCCAGUGCCAACAUUUAUCAGGAUUUUAAGGAAAAAAUCAACAGAAGAUUUCCAAUCAUUGCCUUAUCUCGUGGCAUUGUUUAGUUCUAUGCUUUGGCUCUACUAUGCAAUGCUCAAAAACGAUGCAAUUCUUCUUGUCACCAUCAACUCAUUUGGAUGUGUCAUAGAGAGUAUUUACAUUGCCAUUUAUAUCGCUUAUGCAACAAGAGAGAGCAGGGUCUCAACAAUCAAAUUGCUUGUUUCUAUGAACAUGGGGUUAUUCUCGUUGAUCCUUCUCCUUACACAUUUUCUAGCAAGUGGUUCAACUCGUGUCAAGGCUCUAGGUUGGCUUUGUGUUGCCUUCUCUGUAUGCGUUUUUGCAGCACCCUUAAGCAUUGUGAAACAAAUCAUUCGAACAAAAAGCGUUGAGUUCAUGCCGUUCACCUUGUCAUUUUUCCUUACUUUGAGCGCUGUCAUGUGGUUUGCUUAUGGCCUUUUCAUCAAGGACUUGUGUGUUGCUCUUCCGAACAUCUUGGGCUUCGUCUUGGGGCUACUUCAGAUGCUGCUGUAUGGAAUCUACAGAAAUGCAAAGAAAAAGAAGAUACCAGCUGAAAUCUUGAAGAGCAGUGUCAUACUAAGCACAUUAGGGGCUUCUGAAGUUUAUCCAGUUGAUGCUCAACCUGAUGUGAGUGCAGCGGAGCAUGACCAAACAGAGGAGUCUAAGGAGAAUGAGAAAAGCACGGAUGCUUCCCACGAUGACCUCCAAUCAAAUGAAUGUGCAGUUUGAGCCACCUGUAUUUAUUUAUUAUGGCCUCGUUACAAUCUUCCUCACUGAUGAUCAUGUCAUGCCAUUGAUCCCCUACCAGUUGCAUUAAUUUCAUGCCGUACACUCUGUAUGAGUGAGAUGUGUCUGCUUCCCUCUUGAUAUAAGGAUCAAAAGCAGUACAAAAUGCUUAUUUUGUUU